AUGGGCUCUGCUGAACUGGGGGAAUCCUCUCUGGAGUGGAGGGGGGUCAUCUCGGCCUGUCCCUCCUGCUCACUGGCAUGGACGUCCACAGUUGCCUCCCCAGUGGAGGUUAAUGAAACCAUCAUUGGAGGGUGGGACUGCAAACCCAAUGAGGCCAAGUACCAGGUUUUACUGACUGACAGAAAACGCAAUGUGAAGUGUGGAGGCUCCCUACUCUCUUCCAAGUGGGUCCUCACUGCUGCACACUGCGAUUCUAGUGAUCUUAAGGUGUACGUCGGCCUCCAGGACCUUAAAGACCUUAAUGACAUGAAGAAAAAAUUUCAACCUGUUAAGGUCAAAAGCAAAAUAAAACAUCCAGAGUAUGUAAAAAGAGAACUCCUGAAUGACAUCAUGCUGAUAAAGUUGAAGAAGGAGAUUAAGACUGCCAGUUUAGUACAUCUACCUACUGAAUGCAAAAAGCAUGGUGAUAAGGCUCCAGAAAAGAAAGACCUUCUUGUUGCUGGCUGGGGAAGUCUUGGAGGUGGAGAGAAUCCAAAAUCCCCUACUAAACUCCAGUGUGUGAUAAUCCAAAAGGCAAAGUGUCCAUCCGAUUUAGACCCACCAAUCACCCCUGAUGCCUUCUGUGCAGGAAAAGGAAAUCAGAAAACAAGAUGUGGUGACUCUGGAGGAGGUCUGGUGUAUAAGAAAGAGGUGUAUGGAGUGGUUCAAUCUGACUUUGACCCUGAUGAUGAUUAUCCAAGCAUAUUCACAAGUGUGUGCUUCCACUUGGCCUGGAUCAAAAAAGAGACCAAGCUGUCAUAG